AUGGACUCGCUUAAGGAAUUAAUGGAGCAAGGAGAGCUACUAGGGUACGAGGGUGAGUCGUUAAGAGAAUUUGUUAGAGAGCAGCAAGCACAGCAGCGAGAGGAACGGGUAGCUCAAAGAGAAAAGGAAAGGGAGGAACGUGAGUAUAAGUUAGCUUUGGAAAAGGAAAGGGAGGAACGUGAGUAUAAGUUAGCUUUGGAAAAAUUAGAAUUAGAAAUAAAAGCUAAACAAAUUGAUCAUGAACAUCAGUUGGAAUUAUUACAAAAACAGGCAGAGUUAAGUGGCAAGGGAAAUGUGGUUUUUCAGAAUGUACCUAAAGGGCCUAAAAUUCCUGCUUUUGAGGAUGGUAAGGAUGACAUGGACAGUUAUCUUAGACGAUUUGAGAGAUAUGCGGAAGUUCAAAAGUGGCCAACUGAGAUGUGGGCUACUCAUCUGAGUGCUUUGUCGAAAGGUAGGGCUUUAGAUGUUUAUGCAUCGAUGCCAAGUGAACAAGCUCUUAACUAUAACAAUUUGAAAGAAGCAUUACUUAAAAGAUAUGACUUGACGGAAGAUGGCUUUAGGCUGAAAUUCAGAACUGGAAAACCUGAGACAGGUGAGACUUUCCAACAGUUUUCAGUUAGGUUAGCAAGUUAUUUGAGAAGAUGGUUAGAGAUGUCCAAGACUGAGCAUACUUUUAAAGCCUUGUUUGAUGUCAUAAUGCGUGAUCAGUUUGUACAAAUUUGUAACAGAGAACUAGCUUUAUUUCUGAAGGAAAGAACACCUACAACAAUAGAUGAGAUGGCUGUUUUGGCGGAUCAAUUUCGUGAGGCAAGAUUUACUCGAGCAGUGAAUUUAACAAAAGGUUUGGGAAUUCAGUUUAGCCAGAACAUUCCAGAAAGGAAAAGCAAAGAAGGUAAUGGAACAACUAAAAUAUCGAAACCGAAUGUUUCAGGUUCGUUCUCUAAUAAACGUUGUUUUAGAUAUGGUAAACUUGGUCAUAUUGCUACUCAUUGUUAUCAAAAAGUACAACAAUCCAAGGUAGGUUGCAUGACAUCAGAACGGGAAUUGGUUUCUAGAGAACGAUCAGCUGGUGAAAUCGGUAUUAGAACUGAACAAGGAAUGAAGGAUAACGGUUACAAAAAUGCAGGUACAAUACCAAAGGUUUGUGGAACUUGUGUAUCAUACACCACAACUGUGACAACAGCUUCAACAUCAAGUGAGUGCAUUCUUAGUACAUCGUGUGAUUUAAAAAACUGA